AUGCACCCGUUCGACCUUAGUCGCCUUCCGAAGCAGACAUUUAUCGAUGCCCACAGUGAGCGUUCAUUGUUCAUGGAGAUCUUUGAGCCGACCGGACUGAAGCCGAACCAUCAAUGGCUUUCUUCCACAAGCAUUACCUGCAAAGAACCGCCGGUCACGUUCAUCGGCGUUCUGCCACCAUUCAACGAGAAGGCGUUGUUCCUGCACUUUCUGUUCACUCGUCUGACCGGUUUAGGUGUUUUUCAGUUUGGCCCACCAGAACUUCUUCUCUACGUGUCUGCCCAGAAAUACGUGCUUCUUCCCCCGGCGAAUGCCGAGACGAAACUUUCCAAAAUGCUGCGCUGGCGUCGCGACGAGUACGAGCUGUACUUCGAUAUCAAGCUUUUACUGUCGGAACCGUUCUCUUCGUUCUUCCCACCGUUGAAAACUCCGAAGAAGUUGAAGUACGCUAAUUAUAUAAGAGAGGCUGAUGUCAAAACUGACCAGUUAUACCUUUUGGAUAUGAAGGUGAAAGAAAAGCUUCCGUUCGAGAAGCCAGACGCGAUUAGCGUCGAACACUUGAUUGGCGGCUUUACUUUCCUGCAUCGGCAACUGACCAUUGCACCGAUGGGUACUCCUCUGAAAUUAAUAGUUAGCAGCACUCUCUCAGGCAUUGAACCGUACUUGGAACAGAAUGGCAUCGAGCUCGAAGUAGCCAUUGGAUCUCUUGACUUACAACAAAUUCUCAAACUGUACUCUUUGGUACUUAAAUGGACAGGAUUUCCAACUAGCGCUUUCUUUUACGAAUUAGAUUCAUGGGUUGAAAAUGCUUUGGUGAUGCCAGAUAAAUGUGUAUCGGUUUAA